CUGAAUCAAAACAAUGGCCGACUGGCAGGCUAGCAUCUUACCUCUUGAGAUCUUUUUAAAUGUUUAGCAGACAACGCUUACUGUCUCUGUGUGAGAGAGUCUCGCUGGGAUGGAUAGAUGAUUUAGUAAACGUGUUUUCGGAGUGAGAAGCCAGCUGCCAAACCCGCUUUUUGCUGCCAAAAUGAGCGAUGUUGUGGAGAAGACCCUGACAGCCCUGCCUAGCCUCCUGUCUUUAGACUCUCAGCCUGGAUCUGCAAAACUGUCCUCCACCUCCAAACUAGGAAACCUCAUCAGAGGAAUCACAGAGCUAACGUCCAAACAUGAAGAAGAGAAACUUAUUCAGCGUGAACUUGCAUCUAUCAAAGAACAGUUGUCCUCCCCCAACACCACCAUGAGGCAGAUGAAGGAGCUAAUGGUGAGAGCAAUCUACUGUGAAAGCUUGGGUUAUGAGGCUUCCUUCAGCUAUAUUCAUGCCAUCAAACUGGCUCAACAAGGCACUGCUCUGGAGAAAAGAGUUGGUUACCUUUCUGUGUCCUUGUUUCUGAAUGAAAGUCAUGAGCUGCUUCUUCUUCUUGUGAACACUGUAUUAAAGGAUCUUCAGAGUACAAACCUUAUUGAAGUGUGCAUGGCUCUAACUGUUGUCAGCCAAAUGUUCCCCAAAGAUAUGAUACCUGCAAUCCUUCCUCUGGUGGAGGAGAAACUUAAUCACCCAAAAGAAAUCAUUCGGCGAAAAGCAGUCCUGGCACUGUACAAAUUCUACCUGAUAGCACCGAAUCAAGUGCAACACAUCCACAACAAGUUUCGCAAAGCUCUGUGUGACAAGGAUCCUGGUGUGAUGACAGCUUCACUACACAUCUACUUACAGAUGAUCCAGGAGAAUCCAGAGGGUUAUAAGGACUUAACAGCAAGUUUUGUCACCAUACUGAAGCAGGUGGUAGGAGGAAAACUGCCCAUGGAUUUUAACUAUCACAGUGUUCCUGCUCCAUGGCUUCAAAUCCAGCUUCUCAGAAUACUGUCCCUACUGGGAAAAAAUGACCAGAGUACAAGUGAGAUCAUGUAUGAAGUCCUUGACGAGUCCUUACAAAGAGCAGAGAUGAAUCAUAACAUCACCUAUGCAAUAUUAUAUGAGUGUGUAAAAUGUAUUUACACAAUUCAUCCCAAAUCCGACCUUUUGGAAAAAGCUGCAAAGUGCAUUGGCAACUUUGUUCUGUCUCCGAAGAUAAAUCUGAAAUAUCUCGGCUUAAAGGCCCUCACUUAUGUGGUCCAGCAGGAUCCUAAACUGGCCCUGCAGCAUCAGAUGACCAUCAUAGAGUGUCUCGAUCACCCUGACCUCAUCAUCAAGCGUGAGACACUGGAGCUGCUCUUUCGGAUCACAAACGGCCAAAACGUGAUGGUCAUUGUGGAGAAGAUGCUGGAUUUUCUGCGCAUCAGUACAGAUGACUACACUACUAUUGACCUGGUGGGGAAGGUCGCAGAACUGGCAGAAAAAUAUGCACCAGACAAUGAAUGGUUCAUUGAGACCAUGAACACAGUGUUUUCAGUAGGUGGAGACAUGAUGCAGCCUGACAUCCCAAACAAUUUCCUUAAACUGCUGUCUGAGGGAUUUGACAGUGAGGAGGAGGACAGGAAGCUGAGGCUGUUUGCCGUGGAUUCAUAUGUUUCUCUGCUGCAAGGAGAGCCUGGCAAGCUGCCCCAGCGCUUCCUUCAAGUCAUCAGCUGGGUCCUCGGUGAAUACUCCCAUUUGAGGGAGGACCUUGAACCGGUGACAGUCCUGAGGCCUCUGGCGAAGCUGCUGGACAUGAGGCAAACCAGCAGUGAAACCAAGAGCUGGGUCCUCAUGGCAAUGACCAAGCUCUGUGAGGGCAGGGCGGGCGUUUCUGUCGCUCAGGAGGUUUGUGAAACAUACAGCAGCUCAAUGGACACAGUGCUGAGACAGAGGGCUCAGGAACUGCAGUACUUCAGCCAGAACUCUGAGCUACGAGCCAGGGUGCUACAUCGAGACACUGGCCUGGAGCCCCUGGAGGUGGAUUCCUCUCUGUCAUUCCUGGAUGGAUUUGUGUCGGAGGCGUUGGCUGCUGGGGCUGCUCCAUACAAGCCUCCCCAUCAACGGCAGGAGGAACUAGCCCAGGCAAAAGCAUUGAGCCUGGAGCCAUACGGCCUGUCCCUGCCCAUCAGCAUGUCUUCCUGCAGCAUUGCUGACAGACAGUCUCCAACGCUGUUUUCCAUGAGCUCUGGUCUGUCAGGCGACAGUACCGACCUCUCACACAAAGGAGGCUCUGCAACUCUGAAGCUGGAUGGAGUGAAGAGGUUGUGGGGAAGGGAGGGAUACCUGCCGCAGAAGGAACCAGUGGAGGAAACUGCCCAGGUGGAGGUACCAAGUCCCCUCCGGUCACCCAACCAGCAGGCAGAGGCUGACAGCUCACACAGCCAAACUCCAACACCGACACCGACCCCUGAGCCUGAACAAGAAAAGCAGCAGCUGGCUUCUUCUCUGUUUUUUGGCCUCAGCUCCCAAAGCUCUGUGUGUCUGAUGGGAAAAUCUGAGCUGGCACCCCAACGAUUCAGAAGAAAAACCAAAGGUCAGGGAUCGUCCUCGGGCGCCUCUGACCAGAUAUCCAACUCCCUCAUCUCUGCUACCAGCGCUGUGGAUAAUUUGCUGUGUAACAACCUACUGGACUCCAGCAUCACCCCAGAACUGCCCGUUUCCUCAUCCAAACAGACACCUGAACUCUCUCAGAGCCUCACUACUGCUAAUGGCACCUGUGAAUUAGAAGCUGAGUUAACUGACAGUGGCAUAAAGGAAAGUAACCCCUCUCUCGUUAGGAAUAACGGUUUGGUGGCUGCAGAUCCUGCUCCACAUGAAGACCCAGACAGACCUAAAGACCUAAAGACUCUCAGUUCUCAUCUGCCUGCAGAGCUCUCUGAACUCUGCCACUCAGAAAUCACUCCUCUGUGCACCAUCCAAAGCUUGGAUCUCUCAGCCUGUCAUGUGCAGAAACAGGACUCCUUAGUGCUAGUCGUUUUCAUUACCAACUCCUCUGACUCAGCCAUUCAACAGAUACUACUAGAUCUUGACUCAGAACAACUAGAGGUAUCCUGCGUGUCUGACAGUCCAGUGGAGGAAGUGAGAAGCCACAGUGUAGCAGUAUACCAGUAUUCCCUGACCGUGAAGAGGCCUUCAGUUCAUGUUGAAGUAGUCGGGAUGGUCUCUUACCAGUUGCCUGUUGGGACGCCUCAGGCAAUGCAGUUCUCAUACAAGCUCCCCCUAACCAGCUUCAUCAGACCCUUGACGGUGUCCACGGAGGAGUACGGGGCGAUGUGGCUGUCCUUCUCUCAUGACACAAAGCAGAAUCUGACACUGAUAAUAAGUGAUGGCCAAGAACCUCUCACAGCCUCUCUGAAUGUACUGACGAAGAAACUUAAACUUCAUAUUGUGGAAAUAAUAGGGGUGGAAGGUAUUUUAGCCUGUCGGCUCCUCCGGGAUCAGCCAUGUCUGAUGCACUGCCGUGUGCAUGCGGGCUCGCUGGCCGUGUGGCUGCGCUCUCCGGUCCCCGACCUGCCCGACUGCCUCAUCUACCACUGUCAGAGAGCUUUACAAGAGCACUGAGCCCCAACUGCAACACCUCCACUGACACCACUGAGCGACAAGACCACCAGACCCUCAGCCACUGAAGAUGAAGGUACAAGGAGCUGUAGUGCAGAACAGAAAGGGACACAUCUGAUGUUGUGUGUUCAUCUUUCUAUUACAGUGUUUACCAUCUGUUUAUCUCUUCCAUUAUAAGUUCCUUAGUAGGAUUUGUCUUUAAUUAUCCACAGAUCAUUGAUUUUUAACAGAUAAAUUGGUAGAAUAUUUCACAGGAUCACAACCAUUUGAAAGUCACGGAUGGUAAUAACCUCAGGGCCAAAAGACCGUUUGUUUAACCCUGUGUGGUUGUUUGGUGUUUCGGAACAACACUAAUGUCUUAAAUUGAUGAAACUUUAAUGGUGAAAACAUUGAUUAUAAGUGUGAUAUUCUCAGUAUAAGAGGAAAAUCAUUAAGUUGUUUCUGUGCCUCUGGUUUGUGUGCUAUAAUGUAAGAGAGACAUCAUGACAGUGAAGCCCAUUUGGAUUUAAAUAAGACAAAGAUGGAAGAAAGAAUUUCAUUGUUGUUAUUAACUAAACUUUUUGGUUUUUUUCAUGUUCAUCAAUACUGACUGAAGCAAUACUGAUUAAAAUGGAAUUUAAAAUACUCUACCUGUCAGUCAAGCAAACUAACAUUUGCAGUGUUUCUUUUCAAACAGAACCUUUUUGUCUUCUGCUGAAGUUUCCAUGCAGCAAAUAGAGGUUUACCUCCUUGCUUGUCUAAAAGAUGGCAUUAUGCUGACAUUAACAUCCAGCCGAUGUGUAUUUUGUUUUAAAUAUAACAGUGAGGAUCUGACUCUGCGAUGUCCACAUUGGCCGUUUAUCAUCAUGGUGAUGUUUUGCAGAUUCUGCCCUCUGUGUGUCUAUGCACUCAUAUUUCUGGUUUGUCAGUUUCUUUGAGAGGUGGAUUUUAGUGGUUUUCGAUUAUUAUAUUUUUCUAUCAAUGCAGUAUUGAAAACAUAUUUAUUGGAUUUAUAUUCUUACAGAAAAUAUUUUAUAUUAAUUUUGCUCCAAGAAAAACAAAAUCAUUGUGAUUCAUGUACUGUUUUGUCUGCGCUGUGCCAGAUUUGGUUUUCAGUUUGUAUGACAUGUCUCAACCUGUUUUAUUUAAUUUAUCAUGAAGGGAAAGUUUCCUUUUUUUCUGUUUUGCUUGUGUCCUGAUCUGAAACACAGCAUGGCGCAAACAAAGCGUCUAAAACUCAACUUUAACCCAACGCCUUAUGUUCAAAUGCCAAGCUGGCGUGUUUGAUUUGUGCCUGUGGUACAGAGAAGAAUCAUUGUUUCUCAGAGUGCCUGUCAUUCUGCUAACUCCUGAAUAAAUUCUACACAUGUAAACUUCUACACAUGUAAACUUCACUUUGAUUCCACUGUGGUUUAUUCAAUACAGGCUGUAAUGUGCUAGACCUGAGGC